CUAUUCCUCCAAAGAUAGCCAGAAAGUCGAAAGUUGAGAAAAAAAAGUAUGGCUGGACGAUGUUAUUAAGAGAUUCGUAAGUGAGUGGUAGAGAAUAUUUUGCGUACAUUUAGUUGCGUUAACGGUGUAGUAAAAAAGAAAUUUCCGUUAACGUUCAUUUCAUCAAGAUUUAAGUAAUACUAAAAAAAAGAUAAGUGGAUAAAGGAGAAGAAAUAAUAAACCAAGGACGAGAAUCCGUGUUGUCGAUAUAUAGAAGAAAAAUAAAUAUGUGUUCGAUCAUCGCAGAAUAUUGCAAGUGUCAUGCAUUUUGCAACAGGGAAUGACUCGCGAUACGCCAAAAAUAAGCGGUCCAGAACAGGUCCGUCGCUGUGAUGGCUGAAAUCGAUCAGAGAUCAUUAAGUUAAUCGAAAGGAUUCGCGCUCUUUGUCCCCCUUUGACUUUUUGGUUAGUGGCCUCGAUCCCGCGAACAUCUGGAUUGUGUAAAGAUUGUGAUAUUAGGAAUUAUACCUUAAACUUUAUAUAGGUAGUUACUGAUUUAUUAAUAUUCAAAUCGGGAAACUUGUUGACCGUGGAUUAAGGAAAAAGAUGUCACUAAAACCCAAGAGAAUGGAUUUUACUAGAACCUGGGAUGUUUUGCAAGAAACUGUUAAAGGAGUAAUAACAUUAGCCAAUAUCCCUCGUGCUACGUGGAAUGACAGAUUCAGCGAUGUGUAUUCCUUGUGUGUUGCAUAUCCAGAAUCAUUGGCAGAUAGAUUAUACAAUGAAACAAAAAGGUUUUUGGAUAAUCAUGUUUCUCAAUUAUUAACAAAAGUUCGUGCUCAAGGUGAAACUGGUUUGCUUCAGGCUUACCAUCGUGCCUGGACAGAAUAUUCACAAGGCAUAAACUAUCUACAUUGUCUGUAUUUGUAUCUAAAUCAACAACACAUUAAAAAGCAGAAACUAUCCGAAGCAGAGCUUAUCUAUGGCACUUCUUCGGCUAUGUCCGCUGAUUGUCAAGAGCAGAUGGAAAUUGGUGAAUUGGGUUUAGAUAUCUGGAAGAAAAGAAUGAUAGCGCCGCUUAGAAAUUCUCUUGUUUCUCUUCUCUUAGAAAGCAUUAAUGCAGACAGGAUAGGUGAGGCACCACCUGCUACAACCGAUGUGAUUUGUGGAGUGAUACAGAGUUUUGUGCGGGUAGAAGAAUAUAAAGUGAAAGGACAAUUAGAUAUGUAUCAAGAAAUAUUUGAGAAACCAUUUUUGGAGACUACCGGAGAAUUUUAUGCGAGGGAAGCCUCUGAAUUGUUACAACAAUCUGAUGUUACUCGUUACAUGGAAAGAGUUACUUGGCGACUUAAUCUAGAAGAACUCCGCACGUGCAAGUUUCUUCACGUUAGUUCAAUGCCUAAAGUAAGUCAGUGCUGCGAAGAAAAAAUGGUAGCCGCACAUCUUUCUUGGUUACAUGCGGAAGCAGAAGCAAUGAUACAAAAUGAACGCAGAUGGGAUUUAUCUUUACUCUAUGCUUUAUUAAGGCCAUUGCCAUCUGAAUUAGCUCCGCUUGUACAGAAAUUUACUCAACACAUCACGCAACAAGGGUUACAAGCGAUCGGUCCAUUACAAGGUGAAAAUGUAUACACUCAAUUUGUAGAAAGCAUGCUGGACGUGCAUACAAAAUAUUCCGAAUUAAUUGGAGAUGUAUUCAAAGGAGAUCAAGCUUUUAUAAGUGCUCUUGAUAAAGCGUGUUCAGCUAUCGUCAAUCACAGAUCCAUUCCGCGUCAACCAGCUCGUGCACCCGAACUCCUUGCCAAAUACUGUGACUCACUUCUAAAAAAAUCUACUAAAGUUGCAUCAGAGGGCGAAAUAGAGGAAAAAUUGGGACGAUCCAUAACUGUAUUCAAGUACGUCGAUGAUAAAGACGUUUUCCAAAAGUUUUACGCUCGUAUGUUGGCUAGGAGAUUGAUACAUCAACAAUCUCAGUCAAUGGAUGCGGAAGAGGCCAUGAUCGAUCGCUUAAAACAAGCCUGUGGAUAUGAAUUUACAAAUAAAUUACACUGUAUGUUUACCGACAUGUCCGUGUCUGCAGAUCUAAAUGCGAAGUUUACAGCCAGUCUCAGAGAAAGAGACGCGGAUAAUCAAUUAGGCAUCGGAUUCGUGGUAUAUGUAUUACAAGCUGGAGCGUGGCCUUUGGCUUUGCCACCUUCGCCUGGUCCUUUUCACGUUUCACAACAAUUAGAAAAAUCUGUACAGGCUUUUGAAUCUUUUUAUCACGCGCAAUUUAGUGGUCGAAAAUUGACCUGGUUGCAUCACUUGUGCCAAGGAGAAUUAAAAUUUAAUUAUUUAAAAAAACCAUAUUUGGUGACACUGCAAACUUAUCAGAUGGCUUUGCUACUUCUUUUUGAACAUUGCGACUCUAUACAGUGCAAAGAAGCAGCGGCAUCGUUACAUCUAUCGCAUGAUCAAUUAAUGAAGCAUGCCGCGAGUCUCGUUGAUAGUAAAAUUCUGAAAAAAUCGACAGAGGGUGACUUAGAGGAAGACACGGUUCUUACACUUAAUUUUGAUUAUCACAAUAAAAGAACGAAGUUCCGUGUUACGGUAGCAUUACAACGUGAUACGCUCCAUGAUACUGAGGCGACACACCGUAGCGUCGAUGAUGAUAGAAAAUUGUACCUGCAAGCAGCUAUAGUUCGUAUAAUGAAAAGUCGAAAACUUUUGAGACAUAAUCAACUUUUACAAGAGGUACUUGGUCAGUCUAAAGUUACUUUUGCACCCUCCAUCGGCAUGAUCAAAAAGUGCAUUGAAGCGUUGAUAGAUAAGCAGUACAUCGAACGUACUCCAAACAGUGCUGAUGAGUACUCUUAUGUUGCGUAACCUUAUCGCGAAAGACAUCACUAAUUUAUUUCCUCGGGAUGUUCCCUUUUUCGUUCAGUUUAUCAUUGUAACACCAAUAUAUAUGGAUUUCAAUUCUAAAGCAAUUUUCUUUCUUCGAUUAUACGUUUUUUCUCAAUAUAGAAUCUCGAACAGAAAAGAUCCAUACGCUUUAUGAUAAAUCUUAAUGUCAUUUCGAAGAUUAAAGGGAGCAUCUUGAAUCGCUUAUGUGCUCCUAAAUCGAGCGAUUAAUAUCUUAGUCGAUUCCUUGACUUGUAAUAUAUGCACAUCGAAUAAAGAGGAUGUUAUUUUAA